UCGUCUGGUCGUCUCCCUGCGGGCGUUGUCAGACGGAGCCGAGCCCUCAGCACAGUCAGUCCGCUCUGGAGCUAGCAUAGGGAGCUAGCCAUGAGCUAACAAGCAGCUAGCUGAGCCUCCUCCUGUUACCACCACCUCCUCCUCCACCUCCUCCACCACCAUUCACCAACACCCGGAAUUAUCAUUCGGCCCUCGGUUGCAGCUGGAUUUUACGGUCUUCGUUUCGCAGUCCUUCCCUUCACCUUGACCUUUCUACCUUUCACACUCGGAUCUCUCGGUACACAGAGCCAUGGCAGCUGCUAAGCCAAAAGGGCAGAACUCUCUAGCCCUCCACAAAGUGAUAAUGGUGGGCAGCGGAGGGGUGGGGAAGUCCGCCCUCACGCUCCAGUUCAUGUAUGAUGAGUUUGUUGAAGACUAUGAGCCCACCAAAGCAGACAGUUACAGGAAGAAGGUGGUGCUGGACGGAGAGGAGGUGCAGAUUGACAUCCUCGACACAGCUGGACAGGAGGACUAUGCAGCCAUCCGAGAUAACUACUUCCGCAGCGGCGAAGGUUUCCUCUGCGUGUUCUCCAUCACAGAACUGGAAUCAUUUGCAGCAACAGUCGACUUCAGGGAGCAGAUCCUGCGAGUGAAGGAGGACGAGAAUGUGCCCUUUCUCUUAGUCGGUAACAAGUCGGAUUUGGACGACCGACGGCAGGUCAGCGCAGACGAGGCGAAGGCACGCGCCGAGCAGUGGGGCGUGUGCUACGUGGAGACUUCCGCUAAAACACGUGCCAACGUCGACAAGGUGUUCUUUGACCUGAUGAGGGAGAUCCGGGCGAGGAAAAUGGAGGACAGCAAAGAGAAGAACGGGAAGAAGAAAAGUAAAAGUUUGGCCAAGAGAAUUCGAGAGAGAUGCUGUAUUUUAUAGUGGUAAAAGAGAGCAGGAGUAGCUGCUUGUGUACAUAUACAUUUCUCAGACAUUUGCGUUUCUUUUGUGCCCAUACCUGACCAUGACCUUCCGUUCCUGGCUAACAGGACAUCUGACCGCGUGUCGGGGAGUAGUAAGGUGGCACCCCCCCAUACACCAUUUAUAGCUCUAACUUUUUGUGUGCUGACACUCCACAUAAUAAUUGAUGUAUUCUCUCUCUCUCUCUCUCUCUCUCUCUUUUACUCUGACCACAUUACAGAGUGUAAUACAUGGAUGGUGUUUGUUUUAAGCCUACGCUUGACAAGAGGCUAGGGCCCAAAAAUGUUACAAAACCUUUCAUUGUAAAAGUUUGAUGUUUAUAAUAUAUUCAGACAGCUGUGCAGUUAGAAGAAAAAAAAAAAAGAUACAAGUGAAAAUGAAAGUGUCAGAGCCAAGGUUUAAAUAGGGAAGUUGGGUAGGAAAUGUAAGUGGACAGACUCAGCAGUGUAGUGUCAACCCAGUUCAUCAAGUGCCACCAAAGGAAAUGUAGGUUGCACCGGUGAAUUGAAAGAUCGUAACUAAGAGCCGAGAAUUCGAUGCCAUUCCCAUUUGUUGUUUUACACCUCAGUUCUUCUACGCGGUAAGGUUAUGAACACUUAUUUUAUAUCUGCAGAGUCAAACUUUUUCUUCCUUUUCUUGUCCUCUUAUCAUAUCAAGAUAUAAGUGCACUAAUGUUUCCAUUUUCUUUCCCCCUCUCGUCACUUUGUUGAGUCCUCUCAAAUGCACAAACAACAUUGAUCGUUACCCCUAAAUCUGUGAGGGGUUUUGCAAAACUUGAACUUUUUUCAUUUAGAACAUUUCAGAAGUUUUACCUCAUUUGGCCAACGACUUUCAUUGCCUGUUUUUUUUUUUUUUUUCCUCCUGCGAUAAAGGAAUCCCUGGUGCUCCUGAUAAAAAGGCGAUUCCAUAACACUACAUCCUUUUCGUGCCGUUUUUAAAACGCAUCAUAAAGUUGAUAAAAUGAAUAUCUUAAAGUCAUGUAAAGCUUUGUUUUGCCAAUUUAACUUCUCCUUUCUACGAAUUUUAAUCACCAACCAUGUAGUCCGCUCUUUUCUUUUUACUUAAAUGUAUUUCUUAAUAAGGACUUAAGUGGGAAUGAAUUAAUGGAUAGAUGAAUUUGAAAGCAUACAAUAUCCAGAAAAAAUAAUGCAAGCCUGAUAAAAGUGAAGCGGUACCUGUCCAAAAAAAAAGUUGCUCUCAGUCACCAAAGAAGUUUGCUAGCUAGCACAAACAAGUGCCCGCCUAUAACUGGAAGUGAAGUGAGCGUCUGAAGGAAGCACUGCACUGUGUGUGUGAAAUCUGUCUUCGCAAAACUGAUGGAGGCAAAAGUUGAGGAACUUUAAAUGUGGGAAUGAAAUGCAAAGUUACGGGCGAAUUAGUAAUUCACGUACAGUGCAUCACUGUUGCCUCUCUGUCCAUUGUGAAUGUGAAUGUGAAUAAUCCCCCCCCACCCCCAUACGCAUCCUGUUUGCCUGUAAUCUUAGCCUCCCAAUGAUAUGCAGAGUUUUAAAGGUCAUUGACAUUCUACUUUGUUUACCUUUUUGUUUCAUUUUGUGCAAGGCUACCCGGUGUUCAACGUCUUAAUGAAAUACCUGGCCUCUUCCUUUCCUCAUGCAGAAGUCAUUUUACAGGCUAGUGAGGAUUAAAGCAGCGUAAAAAAAUUGGCAAAAUGAGAAUGCUAUACUUGAUUAACAUCGAAAUUGCAUUGACCAAAACGCACUGUGAAGUCUGCUCCUCCAUUCUCUUAGUACCCCUUUAUGACUGAGCCACUUUUUGUCUUUUAACUUAUUUAAAAAAUAACUUAUUUUUAAUUAUCAAAGUGUGACCACUAUCCAGAGUUUGUUUCCACUCUGAUCCAGUUUAAAGAGUAAAUGUAUUUGUGUGUGCGUGCGCGUGUGUGUCCGUUGCCAACAGCAACGGCUCACCAUUUACAUGCAAGGAUUUCCUCAACCAAUGGGAUGCCCCACACUGGAACCUAUGCAAAAGAUGAUUGUUGUAAUUGCAAAGAAGAAGAGAAUAUGAAGCUUGGAGACUAUUCAAAACAGAGUCAGCAAGUGCACUGAAGGCAUUUAAGCUUUAAUGCUGAUCAGAGAUCUGACCACAGAGCGACUGCUUUUAUAUUAGAAAAACACUAAGUUAAUGCAUUAACACUGAAUAACUCCUGGCUUUGAUUACAGGCUUUUGUUUUGUCAUAUAUUUCAUUGUGUAUGUUAAUUGUACUAAAAAAUGACAGUAAUGCAAAAGAAUGUCCGUGGUAUUUCGUGUAAACUGAAAAGCACAGUAGAGAGAGUUUUGAGUUUGAAGAUGUGGGACUCGAAACCCAAAAUGUUGGGAACUUGUGGCAGCAGAAUGUUUAGAACGUAGUUUGGGUUAAUUUGUUUUAAGGGCUAUCCUCCAGUUCACCAUACAAGGAUUGAAACACACGUGAAAUUUAAAGUGACAGGCGCAGAAAACUGACAUAUAGAGUUAGAAUCCCAGUCUGUCGUGGCGUACCUUCCUCAGCUUACAGCCAUUACAUUAACUGCUGCCUGUCUUCAUCUUUGGGGGAUUGCAGAAGCUACCACCAUAGUGCUUGUUUACUCUUAACAUACGCUUAACACAGUCUAAUUCUUGUUUCAGUGCUUUAAGAAGCAGAAAUGUAUAUUUAUUUUUCUUCGUCUUCACGUUAAUAUGGCCGAAAUGUUUUCAGUGGGGUUUAAUCGGUGAUACUAAAACAGAUAUAUGUGUGAAAGCUUUGAGCAAACUGUCCUACGGGGUAUUAGAAUAUCUUGUUUUGCCUUUUUAUAUAUAAGUACCCUUGGAGAUAAAGAGUAGAUAUCUAUGUCUUUGAUUGGAUGGUUGUAUGUUUGCCAUCAACUCAAUGUUUCCUUCAUGUUUACUUAUUUUAAACAUAACCACUAAUGUAGCCUAUCUGUUUGUAAAUGCAAGAGGUGAAGCUUACAUUUCAAUUCUUUUUAUUUGUGAGUUAUUUGAAAAAUGGCAAAUAAAGUGGAUA